AUGUUAUUCUUACUCGGCUUACCUGGCGUAGCACGAACUUCACAGCUGGACGCUCGACAAGUCACCCCAAGCGGGAAUUCCUCAGUGAUUCUUCCGUCACUGAGUUCAAGUUUAGAUUCAAGUUCAAGCAGUAGUCAGACUGAGUCCACGGCACCUUCACUGGUGGCCAUAUCUACAACUACAUCCUCAGCUACUUCUGCAGAGGUUACCACCUCGUCCAGCCUUUCGAAGCAGGAGCGUGGCCCGCAAGAUCCUGAUGUUACUCCUCCAGGACCGCCUCCUGCGUUGGUUCCUACAAUUGUAACUUCUCCCGCGGAAGCAACGCCUCUGGGAGAAACUCCUGUUAGUCCAGCAACGACUUCAACGUCAAUUAUCAUUGAAAGCACCACUGGCACAACGACACUCGCUUUUUCUUCACCAACCACUAUUAUAGCUUCGCCUGGAAUUUCUUCAGCCCAGCCUACGACUAUCGCUACAACGAAUACGAAUUCUCCGGUGGCUUCACCUCCACCGGCUACUCUCAUUACCUCUAAAAUCACUCCAAGUGUUAUCAGCUCAUCAACGCCAUCGAGUGAAGCCUCUGGAAUUGUUACUACUACUUCUAGCUGUGAAUCUACCUCUUCACCUACAGCCACGGUCACAAUGCCUAGCCCGACUCCAACGCCGAGCAGCGUAAGCUCGAGUACUGAUGGGAACGGCACCUCAACAUUAACGAUCGCACUCAGCACAAUCUUAAGCGUUACUGGUGUAGUUCUAAUCGCAGUGGCAGCCUAUCUAUGCACAGGGGACAGGCGGAAAAAAUUGCCUAUGUUUAGGAUAAAGAGGGGCAUCACCCCAAUCGGAGACGACGAGAUAGCAACGUGGAAAUCAAACCGGUCAGCAGAGAAGGUAACGGAUAGGUAUACCACGCGGCCGAGCCACUCGCAAAACCCGUCUACGGCAACAUCGACUAGGAGAGCACCGAGCGUGAUUCAAUAUCACAAUGGCGGACGGCAGUCAUUUGAGGUGGCAUCACCAAGAUCAUUCAUCGGCGAUGGAGGAAAGUAUAGCUUUGAUCUUCCGCAAGCGCCCGGAGCGGUUUUGGCACGAGCACCGAAUGCACGAUCAGGUUUGACGGAUGAGGCGGUACCUGGCGACGACCCCUUCUUACCUUCUCCGAAGCGAAACCCAUCGAGAUUACACAAACUACCGCCAAAUUCACCAAGUUUGCACGGUAGGACGAAAGGAUCUCGAAGCAGCAGUCUCAGGAGCUACGCCGAAGCUGCGUGGCGAGAUGGCCUAGAACAGAACUCGUCACCUAGAGUCUCAAGUGAUGCCCAUACGCGGAACCACAACCGAAUCUAUUCGAACUCAUCGAUACCGCCGCCCCCGAGGUUGUCAUUCGGCGACAACGACCAAUUGACCGGUUUAUCGCCACCUCCGUCGCGGCGGAACGACAGCACGAUAGGACUGGCCGUGGGUUGAAGGAUUGCGAUC